CAACUCGACCCGAGAGCUCAGAGGGGACAGAGCGCCUGCUUCCUUCGGAGAGCGAGACCCGGUCCUUUUUCGAACUGGACACCCAAACUUGCACGCAGUCGUCCACUUCGGGGGCGCACUCUGCUGCUCUCUCUCUCAUGAUUGUUCGUUCCGUGCGCGCGCACACUCUGGUUUAGAUCUGCAGCCAUCGUAGAGAAAUUCAGCAAGGUCAUCCGCUUGCUUUCGACUCCGCCCAGCGCGACUCGCAGUACCAAUUCCAUGGCCACGGGCGGCUCGAAAGCUCAAGACCAGCUUGUAGCGAAAGCCGGAAAUCUGAGUUUGCUGCUGUCAGGCGACGAUUGCCACACGCCAGGCCGUAUGCAAUUCACCAGUCCGACCACGAGCCCAUGCGACACUCCUCUGAGCAGCAGUGGCCUCUCCGAGGGCGGCUCUCCCGUGAGGCCCAACCAAGUCGCUCCCGAUUCCGACGAGGACACCGUCGGCAAUCUCUCGCGCCGCCAGUCUCACGACGUUUCCACCAGCGCCACCGAUCCCGACCUCAGCGACAAACCAGCUCUGCCCAAGAAGCGAAAAUAUUUUCCCAAAGGUAUUUUGUAUCAGACGAAACAACGGGCGAUUGGUACGGGUGACCCCGCGAACUAUGGCCCCCCGGACGACGGCUACACAUGGCGCAAAUAUGGGCAGAAGGACGUUAAGAAGUCCAGCUAUCCGAGAAGCUACUACCGAUGCACGACUCUCACGUGCCCUUCCAGAAAACGGGUGCAACGCUCGGACGAAGAUCCGAGCUACUACGAUGUGACGUACCAAGGCCACCACAUCUGCCCGCUCUUGGAGCAGCGAACCUGGCACAUCGGUUUGGCACCAUCGCACAUCGCAAUCCACGAGCUACUCGCUAGGUGUUGCAUUUAGAUAGAGUCAACUGUUAUCAGAGACGAAAUCACGAGCUGGGGGUGAUCUGACAGAUGACGUUUCUACCAAGCACUUCCAAAAUGUGCACCUGGUUCAGUCAACGCGCCUAAGGCCUGCGUCCAGUCGUGGGACUGACUCUACUCUGCGACCCCUCUCGUAGUCAAAAGUGUCUUCACGUGCAUGCUUUGCAGAUCUCUUCGUUGUGUGUCCAACUUGCCCAAAUUUUCCUACUCGCCACGCGUGAAUCCACGUGUCAAGCCACGCGUGUCUUCCACGCUUGCGUGUUGUGCUCCGCGUGACGUCUGCACCACGUGACAAUUGUCGAUUCAACCACGUCUCACAUCUCGUUUUGGGCCCGCCAAAAGGCUACCACUUGUCGAUCUAUUGUGAGACUCGUAUCUACGUGGCUUAAUUUGUCACGUCACAGCAUCACGUGGCAACGUUCGCGCGUUCAGAGUUGAUGUGGUGAGACGAUGAUUGACAUGGUGGAGGCGAGGCUCUUGGGCAUUUGCAGUUGAUCUUAAGGCGUACAAUUUCCAGCUUCGUGAAGUGUAUGCUUCAAUCUGAAUACAAUUUUGGACACCACCAAAGUGAUUUUUUCAGUUGUUCAGCUUGAAGUGGACCUCUCCUCAGCUACUGGUGGUCAUGUUCAUUACUUCAAUGCAAAGAUUUCACCACCCAAUUUGAAUGAAUGUUUCUGAACAGUAAUGCUGGACUUUUGAUGUUCGAGUUUAUCGCGGCCUUGUCUUGGCUCUAAUAAGGCCAACAAUUUCAACUAAGUUUUG